ACGUGGCUGUGUGGGAAAUAAACCCUGUGUUGUAGCUAGCCCCCCAGAACCUGUCCCAGCUGUUGCCUGUCUUCGAGUAUGAGCGCGGCACCGGGUUUCUGACACUCCAAACCGCACAUUUCUGAUAUAAAUUGAGAAAUGUUAGAGUAAACUUCGCAUCAAGGCUAAUGUUUGACCACAUGCCUUAUCUUAAUUAGCCGCAGUCAAGGAAGGAGGUGGGGAUGGCCGCCGACGUGGAUAAAAGCCCAGAUGGGGACGAGAGCAGACAUCGUGUGCAGAAUGGAUCAGCUCGGCCCGGGACAUGUUCUGCGUCGUGGCUCCGGAGAGGAAUGUGGCUCCUGAUCCUUGUCGGUGCUGCGCCUCUCCUCGCUUUUGGAGUCAAGUACUACAAGGAUGCCCAGCUUCUGAGAUGUCAUGAGCAGAGUGUGCAUGUCCUGGGAGCAGAGGGACUUUUCCUCUUCUCCUCUCUAGACACAGACCAUGACUUCUAUCUCAGUCCAGAGGAGUUCAGGCCUAUUGUGGAGAAACUCACUGGAAUUACACCCCCCACGGAAGUGGACGAAGAAACCAUACAUGACCCCAAUGGAGAGACUUUUACAUUGGUGGCUAAAAUGCAGCCUCUUCAGCUUGAUUCCAUGACAAAGAGCAAGGACGGUUUCCUUGGGGUUUCUCACAGCUCUCUGAGUGGUCUGCGCUCUUGGACAUCUCCAGCAAUGCCCUCCUCCACUCUUUCGGCCAGCCAGUUCAGGGUCUUCUUGCCUCCAAAGAACAAAGUGGAUGUAGGAGCCACAUGGUGGGUGAUUGCAAGUGAACUCAACAUUUUUACUGGUUAUCUGCCCAACAAUCGUUACCACCCUCCCACCCCAAAGGGCAAAGAGGUUCUCAUUCACUCCCUUCUGAGUAUGUUUCACCCUCGGCCCUUUAUCAAAUCCCGAUUUGCUCCUCAGGGCACUGUGGCUUGCAUUCGUGCGAGCAAUGAUUUCUAUUUUGACAUUUACUUUAGGAUUCAUGCAGAGUUUCAGCUGAAUGAAGUACCAAACUUCCCCUUCUGGUUCACCCCGGGACAGUUCACCGGUAACAUUGUGAUCUCAAAAGAUGGCUCUCAUGUUCGCCACUUCCACCUCUAUGUCCCUAAUAAUAGGUCUCUAAAUGUGGAUAUGGAGUGGUUGUAUGGCGCCAGUGAAAGUAGCAACAUGGAAGUGGACAUAGGAUUCCUCCCACAGAUGGAACUGAUGUCCACUGGCCCAUCCACUCCCUCUGUUAUUAUCGAUGAGGAGGGUAAUGUUAUUGACAGUAAAGAGAGCAACCAGGACCCAAUCCAGUUUGUCUUUGAGGACAUCAUCUGGACCUCAGAGAUCAGUCAUCAAGAAGCUCUUCAGCACAUGGAGCUCACUUAUUAUCCAUUCAAGAAGGUGGUCUACCUGCCUUUCUCAGAAGCCUUUGAAAAAGCAGCAGCAGAGAACAAACUUGUGCAUUCCAUUUUAUUGUGGGGAGCACUAGAUGACCAGUCAUGCUGAGGUUCAGGGCGAACUCUCCGGGAGACAGUCCUGGAAAGUUCGCCCGUUCUGGCCCUCCUCAACCAGAGCUUUAUCAGCAGCUGGUCACUCGUCAAAGAACUAGAGGACAUGCAGGCUGAUGAAAAGAACCCUGUGUUGAGUGUAAAGGCCCGCUUACACUUGGAGAGCUACAACUUUCCUGUGGAGAUGAUGGUGGCACUGCCUAAUGGGACCAUUGUUCACCACAUUAAUGCUAACUACUUCCUGGAUCAGACUGCCAUGAAACCAGAAGAGGAAGGAGCCACUUUCAGUUUCUCUGGGAGCUUUGAGGACCCCUCCACGUCCACUUAUCUCGGCUUCCUGAAGGAGGGCUUGGAGAAGGCCAAGCCAUACUUGACAGAAUAAUAUUCUAGAUACACAGCUGCCUGCAUUACCAGAUCAUCUCUCUUUUAUCAUCUUUGAUACUAUUUAUUUUGA